AUGCUCAUCCUCCUCACCGGCGCCAACGGCUUCAUCGCCGCCCACUGCAUCUUCGCCCUCGUGCACGCCGGCCACACCGUGCGCGGAACCGUCCGCACUCCCCAAAAGGCGACCGCCACGCGCGCCGCCCUCCAAGCAGCAGGCCUUCCGCAGCACCAGCUCGACCACAACCUGGAGAUUGUGAUCGUGCCCGACCUGACCAACCCCACCCACUUCACCCCCGCUAUCAUGGCCGGCUGUGAGGCAGUCCUCCAUCUCGCCUCGGCAUUCACCUACGAGGCGCAACCCGGCCAGUUCGAGGAGAAGCUCCUCCGGCCCGCGGUCCAGGGCACAACAGUCCUCUGCGAGGCGGCGCAUCAGACCAAAACAGUGCGGCGGGUGGUGAUUGUCUCCUCGUUUGCGGCCGUGUAUGACGCAGCGAAGGGGCCGCAACCAGGGAAGGUGUAUACGGAUGCGGAUUGGAGUCCCUUGGGGUUUGAGGAGGGGAGGGAUACGAGGGAUGUGGCAGUCGCAUAUCGAGCCUCGAAAGUGCUGGCUGAAAAGGCCGCUUGGGAGUUUGUGGCCAUCCAUUCGGCGGACUUCCAGCUUGUCACUCUCUGUCCGGGCAUGGUCUUUGGGAGGAUGAUCCACCCGAUUGAGUCUCUGGACGAGUUAAAUGCGAGCAACAGGAUUGUGUGGGGAGUGGUGAAGGGGGGGACGGAGAUUCCUCCUACGAAGGCGCCUGUUUGGGUGGACGUUGAAGAUCUCGCCGAUGCGUGCCUCCGCGCCUUGACACUGGAUUCGCCCUGUUUGGCAACACAUCAGCGGUUCCUGGUCACCCAAGGAGCGUAUGACACGCAGGAAAUCGCGGAUAUUGUGCGAGAACUCGUUCCACAAUCGAGAUCACGCAUCGCGAUCGGUACACCCGGCAAGAGGAUCCGCGAUUCGCAUUAUGGUUGUGACGCGAGGAAGAUCCAGCAGGUGCUGGGGGUGCGGUUCAGGGGGUUGCGGGAGUCAAUUAUACCCUUGGUCGAGCAGUUAUAUGCGAUGGAGAAAGAUUGCUGAUUUGAUUUCCUGGCCUUGUCUUGUCUAUUGCUCUAUGAAUCACAUUCGGUAUGCUUCGGACUUCGUGAAGACAUACGUGGUAGCCCAAUAACACCUGCUAUGGCAGUUCCUUUCGCUUGUCUUAAGCCAACUGCAAAUCUCCCAUCGUACGUUUCAAAAUUCAGCAAUCAUCUGCAUUGUAUGCUGUGUUGUACCCGUCCAUACGAGGAUGAGUCCCCCAUACUUGAUUACGACAACUUUUCAAGACCAGGGCAAACAAACACUGGAGUGGACCUUCGCACCACACCGGUCUACAUUAUCACCUCAACACAGAGCUUGUGAUAUGAUGUAUGCUGAUCCCUGCAAGAGUCGGUGUCACUUUGAUGCUAUACAUUCUGUUAUUCAGACCAAAUGAACCUUUCACGCGGUAGUGGAGAACUUCACCACCAACUCCCGCAGCUCUUCCUCUGUCAACCUCUUCAGCCCCAGCAACUCAUUAGCGAGAUUCU